AGCAGAGUUUUAUAUUGGGAGUCGACUCAUCUAGAGCUUGUGAUGUAAACCAGUGUGAAUCGCGUAUGAUAUCAAGUCGAGUCGUUUCGAGUGAAAUUGUGCGCUGCCUUCUUAAAAAAAAACAAAUUCCGCACGGUUUUAAUUCGCUCUUACGCACUUUCCGCUGACGUUUCUCUCAGCAACACACACACACACACACACACUGCUGGCGUGACCAGAAAAAGGGCUGUUCGGUAACAGGGAAGCAAGGGACAGACAGCAACGGAAGACGAAAACCGACCGAAAACAGUCUAAACAAGGCCGUGGCCGCGGUUCUGAGGAAGGAGAGAGAGAGAGAGAGAGAGAGAGAGAACAAAAGAGCAAGACCAAGCAAGAGAGACGCUGGGCUCCAACCAUGCCACUCUUUGGUAAAUCUCACAAGAGUCCCACGGAGAUUGUGAAGGCUCUGAAGGACAACCUGUCCAUCCUGGUGAAGCAGGACAAGAAGACAGAGAAGGCCUCAGAUGAGGUGUCUAAAUGUCUAGUGGCGAUGAAGGAGAUCCUGUACGGCACCAACGACAAGGAGCCACACACGGAGACAGUGGCCCAGUUGGCACAAGAGCUGUACAACAGCGGCCUUCUCAUCUCCCUGGUGGAGAACCUGCAGGUCAUCGACUUUGAGGGGAAGAAGGACGUGUGUCAGAUCUUCAACAACAUCCUACGCAGGCAGAUUGGCACCCGCAGCCCCACAGUGGAAUAUUUCUGCUCCCAUCAGGAAGUGCUCUUCAUCCUGCUGAAAGGGUACGAGACUCCUCAGGUGGCGCUGAACUGCGGCAUCAUGCUGCGCGAGUGCAUCCGGCACGAACCGCUCGCCAAAAUCAUCCUGCACUCGGAGCAUUUCAACGACUUCUUCAGCUACGUGGAAAUGUCGACGUUCGACAUCGCCUCUGAUGCAUUCGCCACCUUCAAGGACCUUCUCACAAGACACAAGGUUCUCGUGGCAGAAUUUUUAGAACAGAACUACGAUGCGGUCUUCGAGAACUAUGAGAAGCUACUGCACUCUGAAAACUAUGUGACAAAGAGGCAGUCACUGAAGCUGUUGGGUGAGCUCCUGCUGGACAGACACAACUUCACUGUGAUGACGAGGUACAUCAGUAAGCCGGAGAACCUCAAGCUCAUGAUGAACCUGUUGAGAGACAAAAGUCCCAAUAUCCAGUUUGAGGCGUUCCACGUCUUCAAGGUGUUUGUGGCUAACCCUAACAAAACGCAGCCCAUCAUAGACAUCCUUCUGAAGAACCAGACGAAGCUCAUCGACUUCCUUAGCAACUUCCAGAAGGACCGCACAGACGACGAGCAGUUUAACGACGAAAAGACGUACCUCAUUAAACAGAUACGAGACUUAAAGAAACCCGCCUCCUAAACCUUAGCUAGCGAUCGCGUUAUCAAGCACCUCAUCUUUUUACUGAGGAAAAACAAACAGGAAAAAAAAUCACAAAAAUCUAUUAACAAUAAUAAUUCUAUUUAAGAUCUUAAACAUUUGUCUUUUCUUAGUCAUGAGGCUCACAAGUGAUAGUUUUCAAUCACUGAUGUUCAGUUAUUUUCUUUCUUUUUUUUCUUCUUUUUUUUUGCUUUCUUUCAUAAGACAUUUGUUUCGUUUUAUCAUCGAGGUGUGUGUGCCACAAUAGGAUUGUUUAAAAAUAAAUAAAUAAAACCUAAAGGCAACCGAUUUAGUUUCAGGAAGAACCAGAGCUGGUAGCAGCCUCGAGAGAGACGUGGGUGAGUCACGAGGACCUAAGAGAACGAUUGACACUUUUUUUUUCUCUCUCUCUCAUUCUGAUGAGCUCUUUUUUUUUUUUUUUUCCUUUCUUCUCCACACACACACCGACCCGAGUGCAGUUCACACACCGGCAGUUUGGCCUCGCUCUUGUACAGUUUGUAGCUGUAGUAGUGGAGUUGUAGGAAGGGAGGAUGCAUUCCCCACUUAUUUAUAAAGCGUUAGUAACUUCAUUCUUGCAUUCCGUUAUGUUUUUUUUUUCUUUCUCUUUUCUUUCUUACUCUAGCGCCUCCUGUCACUGAUGGUAUACGCUGAAUUUCUCUGUUUUCACGCACCUGUAUGGCUUACUGUCGACUCCGGAUGGGUUUAAAUUUACCAAAAAACCCCCAAAAUCAGUCAUGUUAUCCCUGUUUGCUCGGGGGGGUUUCAGUAUUUUACUUGUUGGGUUUCAGGAGCGCAGUUUAUCUUCCUGUAUGCUUUAGAAACUUUCUUUUUUUUUUUUUUUUUUGUUAUUAGACUUAUGCUUGCAGAACAGGGCUGUGUAACUUUUCGAUUCCUACUUGACGACAUGUUUACCUAUCAUGUGUUUAAAGCUGGUUUUAGUCUCUGUGAGUGCCCUUUUAUAAAAUAUAGUAAACAUCUGUUGGCACUUAGUGUAUGAUGAUGUUUUGCAGUGAGGCUGGAGUUCAGAAUAAUGGUUCUCGGUUUGUACUAUAGUACUAAAGCUAGAGAGUAAUGUGCUAGUACUGUAGUGUAUCCAGUGCUCUUAAAUAUUCCUAUAGGACCUACUAUAGGAGUCAUGUAGUUUAAUCCCACUAAUACUCUUUGUUGUACACGUUUAUUGCGUUGCAGUUCGGCGGUUCUGUGCUGUAUCCCUGCAGUACUUCAGUGUAUUUCUGUUCAUUAGCUGGUAUGUUAGCUCUUCAUAGUGAUUUUUGGCAUUUAGCUCAAACAGAACAGUCGAGGACACGAACGUUCAAAACAGGUGCCUUUUGUUGUGUUUUAAAUGUAUUCCUGUUUUGUUUUUUUCCUCUCAUGCUUUAUUUUGUAUUUUUUAAACAGAUCUUUCUAGGGGGAGCUUAAUUUAAUUUUGAUGUUAAUUAUAAAUAUGUUCUAGUAGAGCAUAUUUUGAAUCGAUUAAGCAGUGAACCUCUUAACUCGCUAUAUUUGAGUUACGCUGACGGAAACUUCGUUCUUUUCAUCCUUCGCUUUCGUUUGCUGCACUUGGUUGAUUGAUUCAGAUGUAUGAUUGUAUCAUUAGAAAAUGUGGAUUCAGUGGAAAUUGUAUGCUGAAGUGGUCUUGACCCAUGUUAUCACAUUUGCCAAUUAUGUGAAAUUUGUUAUAUAUCGAUUAUACCUACUGAUUUUUCAUACUUUUUUUUUUUUGUUUGUUUGUUUCAAGUUGUUUCCACUAAUAUUUUUACUUUAAUUACAACAAAGAAAUUGCCCUAAGAAACCAAAACCGGAUCAAAAUUCGACGGUAAAUAAUGGCCAAAUGUUGAACAAAUACAUCACACUCUAUUGGCAUUGCUUCUGCGCCUCCCAGUUUGAAUUAGCAUUCAGAGCUCAGAUAGGCUGCAGGCUGUUCAGUAUUGUGUAAUGUAAAGUUAACAUUAAACCCUUCAACAUGGGAACCAUUCAACUCUAUUAUACACCUGCGCCAAAUUUAUUCAACAUCCUCACAUCCUUACAUACACAGGUUACAAGUAAUGGAAAGAAACCUUGAGAUUUCAAGUCUGAAAUCUUUCCCAAAUCCACCCAUGUCGCAUCCUUCCUUCUUCAAUGCUAAUUGUACCAUAUCACCAAUAAAGCAAAAUUCAAGCA